AUGAAGCUGUCAGCUGAGGGAACGGUUAUGUCUAAAGAAGAGGGAGCUCAGUUGAGCUACGAAGCCUCAUCCUCUCAUCCCAGAAACAUCAAAGAGCAAGAUUUCCAGCCUAUCCCGCAGAUUGGCAGUCCAACUGCUCUGGGCAUGGGCGCAUUCGCAAUUGCCUUCACAACUCUAUCGAUGAGUCUAAUGGAAUGGCGAAGUGCAGCUAUUACCAAUGCCUAUAUUGGUAACUGCUUUUUCACAGCGGGCUUGGGCUUGGUGCUAGUGGCCCAGUGGGAGCUCGUGCGCGGGAAUUCCUUUGGCCAUACGGUCUUUGGAGGGUUUGGAUUGUUCAACUUGGCUUUUGGGGCGAUCAAUGCACCGGCUUUUGGGGUGGCGGAUGCCUUUAAAGACGAUCCUGCCGCGUUGAAUAAUGCAAUUGGAUAUUUCAUGCUAGUGUGGGGGAUAUUCGUUCUAUUCUUUACCGUUGCUGCAAUGCCUAUGAACCUGGUAUACACGGGCAUGCUCGGAACAUCCCAAAUCACAUACACCCUGUUGGCUGCAUCGUACUUCUCGUUGGCCGACGAUCAUGCAUCUACUGGAGUCGCUCUGAAGAAGACUGCGGGUGCAUUCGGAUUUGUCUCGGGCUUGUUUGCCUGGUACACGGUCGGCCAUCUGAUGUGUCAAGACGCACUGCUAUUCUCUUUUCCCUUGGGGGAUACGAGCCCCUUGUAUAUGCGAUUGCGGCGACAGAGGAAAAGCUAG